AUGAGAGUAGCAGCAAACAUAUCCACCAUGUUCAAGGACAUUCCUUUACUUGAACGCUAUUCUAAAGCUGCUCAAAUGGGUUUUAAACUAGUUGAACUGCCAUUUGGGUUCACGGAGAAGCCAGAAGACUUAAAAGCAGCUGCUGAUAAGCAUAAUUUGAAUCAUAUUUUGAUCAAUGCCAAGAACGAUGACGAUAAAGGAAAGCUUGGCUUGGCCGCUGUCAAAGGUGCUGAAGAGUUGUUUAAGGUAAACAUGACUGAAACGAUACGAUAUGCUGACAUAUUGGGGGUUAAAGUGUAAGUUUUUGAAGGCAUUAGUUAUUUUAUCAGCUACAGUUAAUGGCAGUACAAUUAGUAAUGCAAUAUAAGGAAGAAGUCAAGUUUUACUAAAUAGCAAAAAAAUGUAAAAUAUGGCUUAAAAUGUAAAAUUAUAUUGUUGUAGAGUACACGUAAUGGCCGGAGAUGGAGAUCCAGUAAAAGACUUGGACACAUACAAGAACAACAUACAGUAUGCUGCACGUGAGCUGGCUAAGAAAGGAAUUCUUUGUGUUAUUGAGCCUAUUAAUAAGCACUUUCGAUCAACAUACUUCUUGAACUCAUUUGAUCAGGCUAAGAAUAUUAUAGAAGACCUAAAGGAACCUAAUUUGAAACUUCUAUUUGUAAGUUUUUUAGUUUUAAAACGUUUUUUGAACUAUUUUUUUAUGAAACAUUGAAGAUAUUUCGUAUUUUACGCAAUUAAACUGUAUUUUAACAGGACGUGUUUCACUGUCAACUCAUCUGUGGUCAAAUUACAUAUCAAUUAAAUCGGCUUCAAGGGAUUAUAGGUAUGAAAUUGAUGACAUUUUUUUUUAUAUGAUGGCUAGGCUUGAAAAUUUAUUGUUUUUUAAAUUUAAAAAUUUUUUAAUUUAAAAAUGCUUACUUUAAGGUCACAUUCAAGUAAGUCAACCACCAAACCGAAACGAGCCAGACACAGAUGGAGAGCUUGAUUAUGGGUACAUUUUCAAUGUGAUCAAUGGCUUUGAGAGAGAUUGGGUGAUUGGCGGAGAGUAUUUUAACGUCAGAGAUAAUGCUGAUUGGGUUAAGAAAUUCGGCCUAGAAUUUUAG